AUGCCACAAAAUCUCGGAUCUGAAAUUAUUCUUUUAAUCUCAGAUUUCGCCGGAAUUUCAGAUCAAGCAAUUGAGCCGAAUAUACUACAAUAUUGCGCGAACAUGGAGAACUCUACGUUAAUACAAAUUAAUACAACCAAAAUUUUCUUGUUUCGAAAUGUUCACCAAAUUUAUUCAUUUCCUAACGUUUAUGUGCCAGCUGCUAUUGCUAUAUAUGUCGAAGUUGCAGGAACUAUGUCCAGCUUCGUUACGGAAAUUGGAUUUUCAAAUCUCAACGGUGAUGUAUGCUUUCAGGCAGACAAUGGAUACAACAAUUGCUUGAACUUCAGUGGAGAUGACGCAGAAGGACGAAGUUUUUGUUCUUCCGAUGGAAUCUGGUGUUUUACAUUGGACUCUUUUGACAGAAUCGCAGGAAGUACUACUUAUUCAAUCAUGUUUGCGAAUCGAGAAUCUACCUUACAAUCAUCUGUAAUAAAAUAA